AUGAUCUGUUCUAGCAAGACCUGCAUCAGAUCACGCAGGUUACUGAUCUUCCUUGCAGUAAACUGGUUGAUAGUGUUGUUUAUGCUUCACAGGGCCUUUCCACUCAUACAGUUACUAGUAGAGAACGGAACGGCGGAUACUAUAUCUCACGCAGCUUUGACAGCGUCAUCUGCAGGAUUAGCAGAUCAAUCAGAGCUCAUUCCUAAGAUUAUCCACCAGACCUACAAAAGUGAUACCAUCCCAAGCAGAUGGCUUGAUGCCCGGAAUAGUUGUAUUGAUAUGCACCCUGACUAUGAAUACAUGCUGUGGACAGACAAGAAAGCACGUGCCUUCAUUGCGACGAAGUAUCCAUGGUUUCUCGACUCAUUUGAUGGAUAUCGGAACGCGAUUCAGCGUGCAGACGCCAUUCGAUAUUUUAUCCUGGUAUAUUACGGAGGAAUCUACAUUGACCUUGAUGACGGAUGCAACCGCCGGUUAGACAAACUCUUGAUCUACCCUGCCUGGGUUCGUCGAACCACUCCUACAGGCAUUUCAAAUGAUGUGAUCGGCUCAAUUCCUCAACAUCCUUUCUUUCUUCAGGUCAUUGAAGCGCUGAAACCCUACGAUCGAAAUUGGAUACUGCCCUAUGUCACGAUCAUGUACACAACGGGCCCUUUGUUUCUAUCAGUUAUCUGGCGGCAGUAUACCUUGCAUGGGCCUAGCCGCACGUGGCCUGUGCGUAUUCUCUCGCUAGAAGAUUACGGUCUACAUAGAAACAGCUUUUUUACUCAGUAUAACGGCAGCAGCUGGCAUGGUGGAGAUGCCAGCGUAAUCUUCUGGAUGGGACGACACUGGCUAUUCCUUACGUUCUGUGGCGUUAUUGUCGGCGCAUUGGUCAUACUCUUCAACUGGUGGAUGUAUUGCCAGCUGAUUGCUUGGUAUCCGAGAUUUCAUCUCUGUCACUCGCUCUGCCCAGGUCCCUUUCGUCAUCCCUUUCAAAGCACCUGGGGCAAAUUGCUUAAAUGUGUUUCGAAGGCAAAAUUGACGGACGAUGAAGAAGCAGAAUCAGUGACAGAAUAG